AUGUCCAGGUCCAUUAAAAGCUGGUUGAAGCAACUGGAUUCAGAUGUGGAGAGAGGCAUCAAGUGUCAAGAUCUCAAUGAUACAAUUUGGAACCUGCGUAUGGCCACAGAGUACCUGGAGGAAGCAUUAUGCUCUAUUCCCUUCAAUGGAGAGCUUCUAUUUGGCAAAACCUUAGACGAUUCCAUAAAGAAGGCAGCAGAAGGCAGCAAAGUGUUUUUGCCACAAGAGAGAAGAGCCAAAAAAACAG